AUUGAAACUGUUUGGACAAGACGAUUCUGACACUGCUCUAAGUUAUUACAACAUUGGAAACACACAAUAUGAGAUGAAAGAUUACAAGUCAGCGUUGGAGUCACAUCAACAUGCUCUUCAAAUCAGAUUGAAACUGUUUGGACAAGACGAUUCUGACACUGCUCUAAGUUAUUACAACAUUGGAAACACACAAUAUGAGAUGAAAGAUUACAAGUCAGCGUUGGAGUCACAUCAACAUGCUCUUCAAAUCAGAUUGAAACUGUUUGGACAAGACGAUUCUGACACUGCUCUAAGUUAUUACAACAUUGGAAACACACAAUAUGAGAUGAAAGAUUACAAGUCAGCGUUGGAGUCACAUCAACAUGCUCUUCAAAUCAGAUUGAAACUGUUUGGACAAGACGAUUCUGACACUGCUCUAAGUUAUUACAACAUUGGAAACACACAAUAUGAGAUGAAAGAUUACAAGUCAGCGUUGGAGUCACAUCAACAUGCUCUUCAAAUCAGAUUGAAACUGUUUGGACAAGACGAUUCUGACACUGCUCUAAGUUAUUACAACAUUGGAAACACACAAUAUGAGAUGAAAGAUUACAAGUCAGCGUUGGAGUCACAUCAACAUGCUCUUCAAAUCAGAUUAAAACUGAUUGGACAGGACCAUUCUGACACUGCUCGAAGUUAUUAUAAGAUCGGAAGCACACAAUAUGAGAUGAAAGAUUACAAGUCAGCGUUGGAGUCGGAUCAAAACGCUCUUCAAAUCAGAUUAAAACUGUUUGGCGAAGACCAUUCUGACACUGCUCGGAGUUAUGACAACAUUGGAGUUACACAAAACGAUACGAAAGAUCACAAAUCAGCAUUAGAGUCUAAACAAAAAGCUCUUCAAAUCAGAUUAAAACUGUUUGGAGAAGAACAUUCUGACACUGCUGAAAGUUAUGACAGUAUUGGUUUGACACAAAGUAAGAUGAACGAUUACAAGUCAGCAUUAGAGUCUAAACAAAAAGCUCUUCAAAUUAGAUUAAAGCUGUUUGGUGAAGACCAUUCUGACACUGCUCUAAGUUAUAACAACGUUGGAGUUACACAACUUGAGAUGAAAGAUUACAAGUCAUCAUUGGAGUCAUUUCAACAUGCUUUUCAAAUUAGACUAAAACUGUUUGGAGAAGACCAUUCUAAGACUGCUCUAAGUUACAACAACAUUGGAGUUACACAACAUGAGAUGAAAGAUUACAAGUCAGCGUUAGAGUUGAAACAAAAAGCUCUUCAAAUUAGAUUGAAACUGUUUGGAGAAGAACAUUCUGACACUGCUGAAAGUUAUGACAGUAUUGGUUCGACACAAAAUGAGAUAAAAAUCUCAUUCAAACUGUUUGGAGAGGACCAUUCUGAUACAGUUAGUAGUUAUGACCGCAUCGGAAUUGCACAAAAUAAAAUGCGAGAUUACAAAUCAGCCUUAGAAUCUAAACAAAAAGCUCUUCAAAUUAGAUUAAAAUUGUUUGGAGAAGACCAUCCUGACACUGCUACAAGUUAUAACAGCAUUGGAGGAAUGCAACAUGACAUAAAAAACUACCAGUCAGCAUUAGAAUCUGCACAAAAAGCUCUUCAAAUCAGAAUAAAAUUGUAUGGGGAAGAUCAUUCUGACACAGUUGAAAGUUAUCGUUCAAUUGGAGUCAUUCAACGUGCUAUGAAAAACUACAAAGCAGCAUUGAAAUUACACCAAUAUGCUUUACAAACUAGAUUAAAGAUACACGGGGAGUACCACCCUGAGACUGCUCGCAGUUAUUGCAGCCUUGGAAUCACACAACGACAGAUGAAAGAUUACAAGUCAGCGUUAGAGUCACAACAACAAGCUCUAGAAAUCGUGUUAAAAUUGUUCGGAGAGAGUCAUCCUGACACUGCUCAAGUUUAUGAUAACAUUGGAGACGCACAAUGUGAGAUGGAGGAUUACGAGUUAGCUGUAGAGUCGUAUCAACACGCUCUUCAAAUCAGAUUUAAACUGUAUGGGGAAGAUCAUCCUGACACAGCUAAAAGCUAUGAAAAUAUUCAACUCGUACAAGACCGCAAGACAAAUGAUGUGAGCGUUAUUCCAGAAGAAAGGGACUUGCCAAAUUGGAUGAAAUAUUUAUAAAAAGAACAUUUUCUAAAAUUGCGACAAAAUAUGGAAAAUUGAAAGCAGCGUAUAUGUUGGAUAAAAAUUUAGAACCUAUAUUAAUUAUAUAUCAGUGAGAGGGUGCAGGUAGAGACCCUUGGUAACUCAUAUUUAAGAACAUUGUAACGAAGGACAUGCAUGUAUAUCAAUGGCUCUGAAUAACUCGAUUCACUUUGUUUGCUUUAGCCACUGUGCCGCAGGUUAUAUUCGUCUGAUGUUGAGGAUUUAGAAACUAUAUAGCAAGGAAUAGGCACUCGGUAUCAUCUUCGAUGACAACCUUGUUCCCAACGAGGUUGAUACAAAACAACCUAUUUUUGCAGCAACGUUCAUCUUUAAAGUUUCAGUUUAAAUUAAGCCACUUUAAAAAUUAUUUCUUUCGGUCCUUGUGUCUUUAAAAAAACAAUAAAAAGUGGUCGGGUAUUCUGAGUUACUCCGACAAGCUGGGAUUUUGUACGCUUCAUUGUGCGACUGUUUUUACGCGACUAGUGCGCAGAUUCAUAACAACUGGAUAGUAAUCAAUAUCUCAACUAUCUGUGGCAAAGUUUGUAAUAAAUAUGCUGGAAAUGCUUUUAAAUCGUAGUAACUUUAUAGCAAAAAAAAAUCCAAAAACCAUUUUAAUGCUUACAAAUUGCGCCGCUCGAAGUAUAUUAUUGUAUGGUAUGGUAGAUAAAAAGUCUAAGAACACCAUUAGUCUGCACAAAGAUAUGCUACUUGCCCUAUAUAAGAAACAAAUUCCGAAGAACAAGUUAGGUCAUCUUAAAAUCGAUGAAAAUUUACGGUUACUGAAAAUACCGUUUUCCUGCAAAUGCCGCUUUGUUUGAUAGUAUACACGAUCAUAAGCCCUUUUCCGUUACAGCGGACUGCACCAUAGUUGGCGUUCAUGAUGUACUAUUUAAAGCACGCGUAGGAGACUAGUGUUUUAUCGUGUAUCUGAUAAAACACGACUACAAGUGCUUUAAAUGGUUUAAAAAACGACUCAUCUUAUAUGAGUUUAUUGGCGAAGUAAUUUUUAAAAAUAAUAAACUUUGUCUAAACCGAGAAAUUCAAAGCUAAAGUUUAUGUAAAUUAACAUGAUUUUUAGUUUUUUAAGUAUAUAUAUAGUUCAACUUUUGUGAGAAUUCUCUGAAGUUAGAUUUAUCAGCAAAACGCGAGAAACCUGAAAGGGGGCCUGAGGGCAUGUUGCCCUACCUCAGAAGAUUUUGAUCUUCUAAGCUUAAAAAACGCUUUUUACUGCAUUUGAGUCAUUUGCAUGCUGGCCACUGCUUAAUGACGAUUGGCCCUGUGGCUACAAUCACAGAAAUAAGAUAUAGUUGUGUAAUUAUAGUCUUUAUGUAAUUCCUGUAAUUAAUAAUCACAGACAAAGACAACAUAUAUGUGGUGAUUGACAGUUAAGAUAUAUCAUUUACAUAAUAAAGGACAAUGCGCGGAAAAAGAGGACACAUGCUACUGGGGCGCGAAGGAAGAAACAUUCAGUUUGUAUUUCUAAGUAAAGGAAUAAAUAUAUAAUUGUAACGUGUGUGUUUGAUUACUGCAUUGGCGACGAGGAUAAAUUAUGGCAAUGAAUGACUUACAGCCAAUGCCUUUGUUCGAACCGAAAACUGAUCCAACGAAUACAAGCGCUCCAUGGAUAAAGUGGAUUCAAGGUUUUAAUACAUAUUUGGUCGCUUCGAAUGUGUAGGACGCUGCACGUAAACGAGCACUACUAUUGUAUCAAGCUGGAUCUGAAGUUCACGCGAUAUUCAAAACAUUGCCUGACACAGGAGGUGAGAAAGAUUAUGAAGCAGUUGUCAAUGCCCUCACUGCAUAUUUUGAACCGUACGGAGAAAAAUCGAAUCUACCAAACAUAUAUGUUUAGACAAGCAUCUCAACAAGAUAAUGAAACCAUCGACGAAUUUCACACAGGCUUGAGACGAUUAGCAAAACAUUGUGAGUUCGCGGAUGUUGAAUUCGAAAUCAAAAUGCAAAUUGUGUGCAACGGUACCGCGAGACUGAGUAAGAACGGUCGUACUAAUUACCGACAACAAGCUCACAAUUACCGACAACAGGCUCACAAUUACCGACAACAAGCUGAAACAUACCGACAACAAGCAAAUACAUACUUUCAUUGUAUUCUUAUAGUUAUCAGUUUGUAUGAAUGCACGGCUGUUUUUGAGGAAACCCAAAUACAUACAUGAAUUUGAUGUAAAUAAUUUAUAGCUUGUUUCUGUUCGUACUGUAGUGCGAAAUUAAAAAUACUAUUAAACAUUUAAGAAAGCGUUGAAAAAAGUGAUUAUUCACUCAAAUAUAUGUUGAUCGAUGAUCACCAGUGGCAUGGAAGAAAAAUUUAAGGAUGUACAACUUAAUCAAGUUGAGAGAAAACCUGCUGACACAGUUGAUGUUAUUGACUCCCAAAUCUAUGAUCGCCUCAAAUCCCAGCGUCAAAUUAUGCAAAA